CUGAUUUGCUUGUUAUGCAAAAUAUUUUCUAACUUGAUUUGAAAAUACAUAACCUUUGUAAUAAUAACUAUUUAUACAGCACCUUUCUAAAACAAAGGGCUUCACAGUAAGACGGGCAAUAAAUAGUAGUUUAGACCUGUGCAACAAGCAACUUCAUUUUUUUCAACUUUAUGUUUUUUCAGGUUCGCAUUGUCAGCCAACUUAACUUCAACAUGUUGCUGUUGAAUAUUUGCAUCUGUGCCGGCCUCAUGCUGUCCCUGCCUCAGUGUACGUGUCAGUCAUGCACAGAUGGGAGACCCAAACAGUGCCGAGAUGCAGAUAUUGCUCCGGGUACCAAUUUGGCCGGGGAAGGCUUCGAUAUCACGAAAAUGGAACGUAAGGGGGCCUUCGUGCUCGACAUGAAUCACUGGCAGCGACACGACAAUACAUGCACCCUGUGUACCAACCCCUAUGUGGCAAACAAAAAGCAGAAGCUCCCCUUGUCAGUGGUGGACUGGAGGUCAAAGCACUCCUGCAGUGCAAAAGUGGCAACCUCGCUUCACCGGUCCAGUGAGUCUCUAGUCAUUUCCAGCACAUCUUCAAUUGAAAACGACUGGAUGGUUGAUCUAGAUCUUAGGAACAGAAGUAAAGAUUUAUUUUUUAUGCUGGCUGGCAGCAACUCUAAACUGGCCGAAUACUCAAUGAAUAAAACAAAGAAAGACAAGUUCAGUUUCUCAACCCAAAGCAUGUCCUGUGAGUACUACAGCUACCGAGUGUCCAGGACUCCCAGGUUACACAGAGAAUUUGAAAAUGCAUUGACACGGCUCCCCGGAACCUACUGCCCUGGGAACAAGCAACAGUUUUAUAAACUGAUAAACGACUUUGGGACCCAUUACAUCACCAAGGUGAAAUUGGGAGGAAGUGUUCAAUCUGUGACCAGCAUCAGGGAGUGCCAGGCCAGUCUGGAGGGCCUCAGUGCGAAUGAGGUGGACAUGUGCCUGGGAGUUGAGGCAGCUGCCACCUGCAAAGCUACAAUAAGUACUGAAACAAAACACUGCAAGAAGGACAUUGAGAAGACAGACAAUAAGUCGUUCUCCAGCCUCUUCAACGACAGGUUCACACAAAUAACGGGAGGCCAUACUAUGGAGCCAGACCUUCUCUUCUCUUCUGAAAAAAAUCCAUCAGCCUACAAGGAAUGGCUGAAAACAUUACCACUCAAUCCAGACAUCAUCUCAUAUUCUCUGGACUCAUUGCAUGACUUACUGCCUGUUGACUCCCCUGCUCAUAAGAACCUGAAAUCAGCCAUUAGAGAUUACAUCCUGGAGAAAGGUCUGUUGAGGAACUGCAGCAACCGCUGUCAGGUCGGCAUCAGAACUGACCUGAAGGAUCCCUGCGUCUGCCAAUGCCAUAAUAACCCUGCUGUAACCCCAGACUGCUGUCCGACCCGUAGGGGCAUGGCACGGGUCAUCAUAACUGCAAAAAGAGCCACUGGUCUUUGCGGAGACUGGUUCACUUCCACAGAUGGCUAUGUGAAAGUGCUCUUCAACAAUGAUAAGGAGAGACGUACUCCUGUCAUUAAGAACAACAACAACCCAUGCUGGAACAUGAUCUUCGACUUGGGCAGCCAGGAUUUGUCAGCAGGAAAUAAAGUGAGAUUUGAAGUGUGGGAUCAGGACAGCCGCUGGGACGACGACUUUCUGGGAGGCUGUGACCAAAGUCUGUUUAGUGGGGUGAAAGAGGACGUCUGUAAUCUGAAGAGGGGCCAGUUUUUCUUCAAAGUGGAGGUGAUAUGUGCUCCAAGUCUGAGCGGACAGUUAUGCAAGGACUAUAAACCUUCACCUAUGAGCCAGAGUCUGCAGAAGCUGUAUGUGUCCCGUCACGCCCAUCCUAUUCCAAAGGAGAUGCUGUUAGAGAUGGGCGUGUUUGUGAAUGGAACAAGCUCACAGAGAAAAAUGAGUCUUGCUUCUGUGAGAAAAAAGUUUGAUAUGUUCUAG